UAAAAUUAUUUUUUAACUCGCUUUGCAAUAUCACAACAACAUGAACUUAAUUGAAAAUCAUUCAUUCGUUCACGCUUGAGUAAAUACGGUUUCUGAUUUGUGACGUUGAAUUUGGAUAUUAAUCGACACACCGGAUGACUAACUUUAUGUGAAACAGGAAACAUCCUCAGGCUUUUGCAAUUUAAAUAGAAGCGAAUUAAGAAAUAAAUGAUUCCAAGUUAAAUACUUUCGAUGAUAUCCCUAGGCCAUGUACUUCGAUUAUUUAUAAGCUUGUGCUUAUUUACUGCCUAUUUUGUAUGAAGCAGGUUAUUUUUUAUUUUAAUUUCGGAUUUGUUUUAUUCAAGUUACUUUAUGCGAUGUGAGAUGAAAGGAGUUGUAUUUGUUAUUAUAAAAUAAUCCAGUAUGUAUUUUUUAGUUUUCUUUUAGUUUGUAACGGUAUAGCAUCGCUUUUUAGUUUAGCAAGUUUGUAAGGAAAUGGAGCUUAAGAAAUGUUUUGGUUAUAUGAGUGCAAUAGCAUUGGUUUUUAUAUGGAUGGAAUUUACAGUCAACAAUUCUGAAGAAAAUCGCCACUUUUACGCAAUGUCGAAUGCAACAGUUAACAGGGUUGCGGAAUUUAAACGAACUUUUCAAAGAAACCUUAAAUUUAAACAAUCUGCGGUUUAUAAAAAGUUGCCCUUGCAACUAAUUGGUGGCAAUUCUGUUCAUCGACAAAACACAAGUUCGAAUGUUUCAAACAGUACAAAGUUGAAAAGUUGCCCGGUUAAAGUUAACUUUGGUUCUUCAAAUAAAAAUCCAAUGAUUCGUUUGAGAAACGACCGAUUUCUAUUCGUGAUUGUGAAAAAUGGACCAAACAAUCAGCUGUCAAGUCUAAGAGACGCAAUAUUUCUUUGUAUAAUGCUGAACAGGACGUUAGUUUUGCCUCUAAUGUUCAAGCACAAAACUGACAGACAAAACCGUAAUGGGAACGUUAUAAACAUCGCACAUCGUGUUGAUCUUGAUGCUUUGGGUCGCCUUAUUCCAUUUGUCAUGCUCGAUAAGUUUCGCCAAUCAUGUGAAGGCAGAAUUAAUGACGUGUUUCGAGUCAAAUUCUUAUCCCCAAACAGAUACAGGGGGUUCGAAAAAUUGCUGAAUAUGACAAUUGACGAAUUCCACCACUCAACUAAGCGUAAUAAAGCUUACGCAUUGCCAAAGUUUCCUUUGAGCAAGAAUUUGACAAAACCACAUUACUUUAAACUGGAAGCAACGAAGGAAGAAGUUUUGAAUGCUUACGAUAGCAAGGAUCCGUGCGCUCUCUACCCAGAACCGUACAAAAGUUUGUUGAUUACCGAUUUCAAACCAAAAGAAAAGACACCCAAAAAAAUAAAUUUAAGUGAAAUAACUCCGACUGAUCUAUUUUCGGAGAUAAGACGUCAUACACCUCACCCUCGCCAUACAAGACAUAUGGCGUCACAGUACGUUGAUGACGUCAUUAAAACACGACAAUUCUUAUUUGUGCAUUGGAGAUUUGAUCGUCCCGAUUUUAUGAGAAGAUGCCUGCAUGACAAUCCUUGGGCAACACCACGCUGGAUGAAGCUAUGCAAAGAAAUACAAUCUUUCCGACCGCAAGAUGUCGCUCGAGCAAUCGCACAUCAAACCACCCAGUACGGAUGUGGUGACGUGUACAUUGCAUCACCACCAGCAGAAGCGGAAUUUAUUCAAAAUGUUUCUAAAAUUUUACGUCAAAAUUACCGCCUUCGAGUUUUCGUUGACACGGAUUUGGUAAAAUAUCUGGACGAAUAUUUCUCAUCAUGUGAUUGGUUAUCAUCCAACCGUGACGACAUACAGUCGACUAUAGAGAUGGAUAUCGCCACAAUUUCAAAAGUCUUUCUUUCAUCUGAUAUGUCAAGUUGGUCGAAAGAAGUUUUAUUUACACGCAAUGCCAGCGAACCUACUUACGGAAUAUUAGCCGCAAUACGCGAUGUUCUUAGAACAGAAGAUAGUCCUACUUAAAAUCAGGAAACAACCGUGGCAGAUGUAUUUAGAACCACGCUUCACUUCACGAACAACGUGGUAUUUAGAAUUACGCUGCUUUUCUCCAUUGUUUUGCUUCAUACGAAACUUUAUAGAAAUAUCUUGUUUAUUUAUUUAUUUAUUUAUGUUGGGCUCGUUGUUUGCGUCUGAAGAUUUCUUCACUCGUGAUUGUCAUUCGGGGUGAUAAUGUCGGUUUAUCGACAAAUAAACGGUUACAUUUUGCCGAUCCCGCCAGGACCAACGUUACUAUAUGGAAUGUGAUAAUGACGAAGAUUCCUUUAAUUUCGAUGAGCGUAUGGAACAACAAAUGAAACGAUGGAGACUGUUUAU